UUGCCUUCGAAGCUUCUCGAGCUCCUUUUCUCUAGUGAAGGUAGAAAGCCUGCUGUAGAAGAGACUGAUAAAGCUGUUCUUGUCAACGCGCCAAGAUGAGGACUCUAGCCAUACUGAUGUUGAUCUGUAUGGCCAAGAUGGCUUUGGCUGAGCCGGAACCUGACCAGAAUGUGACCUUUUGCGGACAUUGCCAAUGCCGUGGGAACAAUAUUAUUGGAUGCAGGAAUGUUGCAGCUGUAUUUGUUGACGGCGUUGUCCUGCCCAGUAUUAAUCCUGGUAUAUUUGACCACUUGUACCUCUUAAAACAUUUGAAUUUAGCUAAUCUUCAUAUAGAGAAAUUGAAUGGCACAUUCUCCCCAGGCUUGGAAAUGAUUCACUUGUCAGGUAAUAAUAUAAGCAGCCUGCUACCUGGUGUCUUUAGUGGAAUGUUGGAGAGCCUAUCCCUCGAUUUUAACCACCUGACUGCUUUGCCCGAAGAUCUCUUUGCAGAUUGUCCCCACUUGGACACUUUAGGCCUCUAUGAUAAUAAACUGAGAGAAUUGCCUUCAGGUCUAUUCAGAAAUAAUCAGAAGCUCUUUCACUUGAAUUUGGGCCAUAAUUUCUUUAGCGAGCUGCCGUCGGGUCUUAUCACAUACAGUCCUCUUAUUCGUUGGUUUUCCCUUUACCGCGCCAAGAAUUUACGCCUGAAUCACCAGUUGUGUGAAUUAGUAACCCCAAGGAAUUUCAUGACAGCUUACUACGACUUCACUGCAAGCAUAGAGGUCAAGAACUACAUAAAAGAAAACCUACCUGAAUCCUUCUGUCACAGUAGCUGUGAAAACAUACCAAAGAAUGAGCGUAGGUGCCAGAGUGGCUGCAUCGGGACUGUCUAUAAUUAUACUUGUGUUGAUGCUGACACCACUUCUCAAAAUGCUAACAAAAAUGUCGCACAGCAGCAAAAAAGUCCAGUACCUACACCAGAGGUGAAGAAGGCCAAUCCACUCUUCACUGAUCAUGAGGGCAAAAUAGUUUGUUUCUACCUCCCAGCCGUCAAGCCUGGCUACUCAAGACAGCUGGUGGGGAUUGGACAACAUGGCUCGGUGAAUGUUUCGAAGGAAUUCAAAAAUUCUCAAUUGGGUGACCGUAGCUAUGUGUUCGUCAAACCAGGCUAUGAUAGCUAUGGUUUCCAAUAUGUUCGUGACAGCGAUGGACGUAGGUCACCUGUCGGUGCCGAGUUCUCAUUGGUAUCUACACCAGUACGGUCAGCUAGGAGUCGCUCCGAGAACUGCUGUCUGCACUGGCUCACUGCCGAUGGUGCUGGUGAAGCAGUCCGACAUGGCGCCCUCCAGCUUGACGACCAGGAUCGUCGAGCACAGCAGGUGGUGUAUCAUGCAGAGCUCACCUGGAAGGAAGAUACCUCUCAUGACCUCGAGCAGCUUACGACGAUCCACCUUAUCCAAAGCUCUGCUCAGAUCCAGGCCCAGGCCAUGACACUGCCAGUGGAACCGCUGUGCUCUCAACGCAAGCCAGCGUAA